CAGUUCUUGCGAGAACACCGAUAAACUCUUUAUUGUUGAAAACCAUAAAUGGCUUUUUUAGUUAUGUCGAAUAUAUACUUCUACACGUAACUAAUUGUGCUGUGAGAAAGAAGAACAAAAAAUAUAUAAUUUCCAGGUAUUUUAAGAUUUUAUGACAAUGUCACCUGCAAAGUGGGAAUCUGACAUCGCUGAUAUUGAAGACAUUGUUAAUGCAGAAGAACCUGUUACUGAUAGGAACAAUGUCGCUCGAAGAAUGGUAAUGCCUCGAGUUCGCAAGCGGAAAAAGGUUGUGGAAGCUGCUCCAAUACAAGCUGAUAGUGUGAUACCAGGAACCCAGAAUAUUUAUUUGAAGACUUGGGGCUGUUCACAUAACAAUUCUGAUGGAGAAUACAUGGCUGGGCAACUUGCAAACUUUGGUUAUACUAUAACUGAUUCUAAGGAGAAGGCAGAUUUGUGGAUACUAAACAGCUGUACAGUGAAAAGUCCUGCUGAAGAUCACUUCCGUAAUGAAAUCAAUAAAGCUAAAUCUUCAGGAAAACAUCUUGUGGUAGCCGGAUGUGUGCCACAGGGACAGCCCAAAUCAGAAUAUCUUUCUGGAAUAAGUGUAUUGGGUGUACAACAAAUCGAUCGUGUGGUUGAAGUUGUUGAAGAAACUCUAAAAGGUCAUACGGUACGAUUGUUUGGUCAAAAAAAGCAAGCUGGUAAAAAAACUGGAGGUGCUUCACUGGCGUUACCAAAAAUUAGAAAGAAUCCUUUGAUAGAAAUAAUUGCUAUCAACACUGGUUGUCUCAACCAAUGCACCUACUGUAAAACUAAGCAUGCUCGUGGGGAAUUAGGUAGUUACCCGCCAGACGACAUAGUGCAACGAGCCGUGCAAUCUUUUGAAGAGGGUGUUGUGGAGAUAUGGCUUACUUCUGAAGAUCUUGGUGCUUAUGGCCAUGAUAGUGUAACGCUUCCUGAACUUCUCUGGAAACUUGUUGAUGUAAUACCUGAAGGUUGUAUGUUGCGGUUAGGAAUGACUAACCCACCUUACAUUUUGGAACAUUUAGAGGAAAUGGCUAAGAUUUGUAACCACCCACGAGUUUAUGCCUUUUUACACGUUCCUGUGCAGUCAGCCUCUGACAGUGUUCUCAUGGACAUGAAACGAGAAUAUUGUACUGAUGACUUCAGACAUGUUGUAGAUUUUCUAAAAGAAAAAGUUCCUGGUAUUACCAUUGCUACAGACAUUAUAUGUGGCUUCCCAACAGAGACAAAUGAGGAUUUCAAUGAAUCUUUGGCACUUGUUAAGGAAUACCAGUUCCCAAGCUUGUUCAUAAACCAAUUUUUCCCUCGUCCCGGUACUCCUGCUGCUAAGAUGACCAGAGUUGAUCCUCAAGAGGUAAAGAAACGAACUAAAGCAAUGUCUGAGCUAUUCCAAUCAUAUUACCCUUAUAGUCACAAGGUUGGUGAAAAACACACUGUACUUGUAACAGAAAUAUCAUUCGACCAGAAUUUUUAUGUUGGACAUAAUAAGUAUUACGAGCAGGUAUUAGUGGCAAAAGAUGGCGAUUAUAUGGGUAAAUCUAUUGAUGUUGAAAUAACUUCAACAGGAAAACAUUUUCUGAAAUGUCGUGUCCUUGGUCCAGAAAACAUUCAUAAAUUAAAUGUCCCUCCUCCUAAAGCAAAAGGUGAAGUUUCCGGAGUUAAACCUGUAUUAAUGCCUCUACAAACAUCUAAGAUGCUUCCUAUCUAUACAGAGAAAGUACUUUUGACUCUAGCUAUCGUCUUUCUAAUCACUGCUUCCUUUAUCAAAGCAUGGCAGUGGUAUGCUAUCCAAUAAAGCUAAUCUUUUGAUAAUGUAUAAAAUUUUAAUAAAUUGGAAAAUUUCA